GUCAAAGCUGAGUUUUCACCGCAACGAUUGUCAAAUGGGUGUAUUUACGCAAUCUGCUGAUAUUAAACAGAAAAUUAGAUGUUUGGUAAUUCUUGGCCGAAAUGGGUAAAGUAAUGUCCGUUGUCGGACGGCAGGUGCAACGUUUUAAUGUCGAAAAUCGAGCCCAGAAAGUGAUUUCGCAAACGAAACCGGCACCGGCGCCAAAGUACGAAUCCAACCUUAGAGACCUAGAGCGUGUACUGAGAGAGCAUCCAGAUGUUGUAGAAGAACAGAGUCGUAAGAAUGCUCAAUUAGAUGAAAAUUUGCGCCAAGUUUACGUUACCUCGAAGGAUGUCGCGGUUGACCCUAAAGCUGCACAAUUACAGGAUCCAGAUAAACCUCUUCCAAUAAAUCGUUCUACCGUAGACGAGUACGAGUUCGGUCAUCUGGAACCUCGCACAGUUACGAAGGGUCGUUGUACACUGCGGCAAGCAGUACAAUUUAUUGCAAAUCACCAGACGGAUCCUCAACAGUGGACCACAACCAAGAUAGCAGAGUAUUACAGCAUGAAGGAACCUCUAGUCCAAAACAUUCUCGAUCACUUUAAAUCGUUCGAGGUGCAUUUACCGGACAAAAAUCUCGAACGGCGCAGGGUACUAACAAGAGCUGCGGAAGCUACGAAACAAAUUGAGUAGAAAAUAGAAGCGAGCUUAAAGCCAA